ACGAGACUGCAGAAGUUAACUUGGGAAAAAAGCAGCCCUUUCCAUCCCGUCUCUCCUGUGCCGCAGAUCCUAAUUCCAGUAGAAACAAAAAAUGACUCAAGAAGAUGUCGAGAUGAAUGAACAACCACAACAGCAGCAACAAGAUGAUCCUUCUUAUACAGUUUCAUCUGCCACUCCUGUUUUACAGCAUUUGAAGGAGAUUGCUGCGUUGAUUGAGACGGGAGCGUAUGCGCGAGAAGUUAGGCGGAUAGUGAGAGCGAUUAGGUUGACGAUUGCGUUGAGGAGGAAGUUAACGCCUUCUGUGGUUUCCGCUUUUUUGAAUUUUGGUCUUGCUCCUGGAUCCGAAGCGCAUUCUCGGUUAUCCUCUUAUCUUCCAAAGGAUGACCAAACUGAUAUGGAAGUUGACACCGCAUCAUCUCCCACUCAAGCUACUGUGAAGCAUUCACCAGAGCUCGAGAUUUAUUGCUACUUGCUUGUGCUCAUAUUCCUGAUUGAUCAGAAAAAAUACAGCGAGGCUAAGGCAUGUUCUUCGGCAAGUAUCGCCCGUUUAAAGAACUUGAACAGGCGAACAGUUGAUGUUCUGGCAUCCAGGCUCUACUUCUAUUACUCCCUUAGUUACGAACUUACUGGUGAACUCUCUGAAAUCAGAGGUAAUCUCCUCGCUUUGCACCGGGUUGCUACUUUGCGUCAUGAUGAAUUGGGGCAGGAAACGCUCCUCAACUUGCUACUUCGCAAUUACCUUCAUUACAAUUUGUAUGAUCAAGCCGAAAAGCUGAGGUCGAAGGCACCACGUUUUGAAGCUCAUUCAAACCAGCAGUUUUGUCGCUACCUGUUUUACCUUGGGAAGAUUAGGACGAUUCAGCUGGAGUACACUGAUGCAAAGGAAUCCCUCCUUCAAGCUGCCCGUAAAGCCCCUGUUGCUGCUCUUGGUUUUCGAGUUCAGUGCAAUAAGUGGGCUGUGAUUGUCCGCCUACUUUUAGGAGAGAUCCCUGAACGCACCGUCUUUAUGCAAAAAGGCAUGGAGAAGGCAUUGAGACCAUACUUUGAGCUGACAAAUGCAGUUAGAAUUGGAGAUCUCGAGCUAUUCAAAACUAUAGCAGAGAAAUUCUCUUCCACUUUUAACUCUGACCGGACCAACAAUUUGAUUGUUAGACUUCGCCACAAUGUGAUAAGAACCGGGCUUCGCAACAUCAGCAUCUCCUACUCUCGUAUCUCCCUUGUUGAUGUGGCUAAGAAGCUGAGACUCGACUCACCAAACCCCGUUGCUGAUGCCGAGAGCAUUGUGUCAAAAGCAAUCCGUGAUGGUGCCAUUGACGCUACAUUAGAUCAUGCCAAUGGAUGGAUGGUAUCCAAGGAAACUGGUGACAUUUAUUCCACAAACGAGCCUCAACAAGCCUUCAAUUCUAGGAUCGCUUUCUGCUUAAAUAUGCAUAAUGAGGCGGUUAGGGCCCUUCGAUUCCCUCCUAACUCUCACAAGGAAAAAGAAAGUGCCGAAAAGAGGAGAGAGAGACAGCAACAGGAGCAAGAGCUUGCAAAGCAUAUUGCUGAGGAAGAUGAUGACGAUUUUUGAUUGGUAGAGAUUGUUCUAGCGAUUGUAAGCUGUUGCUUUGUGUUCUUAUCACUGUUGCAAUAUGUUCAAAUCAAAUUCUGGACCUUGCUCAGGUUGUCAGAAAAUCAGACUGAUCGAGAAGAUUUGAUUUGAGACUGUUUUUUAACAUGUUAUGUUUGUCUUGUAGACUUUGUAUGUUGCAAAAUUCAUAUGUUCACUUUUGGAAAAAGAUGAUUCAUGACA